GCAGCAUCAUUCGCGUUCAGUCGAUGCGCACAAUUUGUGCGGUAGUGUACGCUACGUUUCUUUUUACCGUUUUCGCCUUCUCGUAUGUAACGAAGAGCCGAGAGAAGAGAACAAUUUAGCAAAAUCGUACGCCCCAAAGCGAAUACGAUACUUUACGUAAACGAAACCAAGUGAUUCGAGUAUCGAAGAGUAAAUACCGUGAGAGUGUCGUGGAGAAAGUGAAUCCGCGAGAUGAGUACUCCGGUGAAAAAGGUGCCCAUUCAUCUGCAGAGUUCGCAGAACAGAUUGUUAAUUAAGAAUGGCAAGGUCGUUAAUGACGAUGGGAUAAUCGACAGCGAUGUCUACAUUGAGGAUGGGAUUAUCAGGCAAAUGGGACGCAAUCUCAUUAUUCCUGGCGGUACAAGAACCAUUGAUGCUCGUGGAAGAUACGUAAUGCCCGGUGGAAUUGAUCCGCACACGCAUUUCGAGUUUGAAUUUAUGGAUACCAAGACAGUAGAUGACUUUUAUCAGGGCACGAAAGCUGCUGUCGCUGGCGGUACCACGAUGAUCAUUGAUUUCGCGAUACCGCGCAAAGACGAAAGCCUUGUGGAAGCUUACGAGAGAUACAGGCAUAUGGCGGAUCAAAAAGUCUGCUGCGAUUAUGCGUUGCACGUCGCUGUCACAUCUUGGAGUCCGAAGGUCAAAGAGGAUAUGGCGACGUUAGUGAAGAAUCACGGCGUUAAUAGCUUCAAAAUGUUUAUGGUGUACUCAUUUAUGCUCAGAGAUCCAGAGCUGAUUGAGACUUUCAAGGCGUGCAAAGAAUUAGGCGCCAUUGCUAUGGUGCAUGCGGAGAACGGUGAUCUUGUUGCAGAGAAUACGAAAACAUUAUUAGCCGCAGGAGUAACCGGCCCGGAAGGUCAUGAGAUGUCACGCCCCGAAGAGGUCGAAGCGGAGGCUGUGAAUAGAGUGUGUGUUAUCGCCAAUCAGGUCAAUUGCCCGCUAUACAUAGUGCAUGUGAUGAGCCGUAGUGCCGCUGAGCAAGUGGAGAACGCGCGUAAGCGCGGCGUUUGCGUCUUUGGUGAAACUUUGGCAGCUGCAAUCGGUACGGACGGUACCAACUACUUACACAAAUGCUGGAGACAUGCCGCCGGUCAUGUUCUAAGUCCACCACUCAGACCAGAUCCAGAGACGCCACAAGUACUCGUGAACUCGUUAGCUAAAGAUAAUCUUCAAGUUAUCGGCAGUGACAAUUGCACGUUCAAUUCUGAGCAGAAAGCUUUGGGCAAAGAUGAUUUUUCCAAAAUUCCCAACGGCGUGAAUGGGGUGGAAGAUAGGAUGGCAGUGCUCUGGGAAAAGGGUGUGCACGCUGGCAUAAUGGAUCCCACGCGAUUCGUUGCGGUCACUAGCACAAAUGCCGCCAAAAUCUUCAACCUGUAUCCUCGAAAGGGCGUUAUAGCCGUCGGCUCGGACGCUGACAUUGUCGUUUGGGAUCCCAACAGGAAACGCACCAUUUCCGCCCAGACCCACGUCCAGGCCGUUGACUUCAACAUCUUCGAAGGUAUGGAAGUAACUGGCGUACCUGAAUAUGUGAUUGUCAAUGGACGCGUAUGCGUAGACGAGUGUGAACUUAAAGCUGUUCAUGGCUUUGGAAAAUAUAUAGACGCAGAUCCAUUCGGAUCCUAUGUGUAUGACAUGAUAAAUGACAAAGAAAAGAGACCACGUGGAGUUGCACGAACCGAAGCGGAAGCAAAGAGAUUUGCAGAGGAAGACGCCGCAAUUGCGAAGGCUAGAGAAGAAGCAAGAGCAGCAGCUGCGACUGCGGCUGCGGCACGAGCCAAUCAGAACGGUUCGAUUUACGAUGGUCCAAAAAUUAAAUUGCCAACUACCACUUGUAUACCUACCUUACCGGAAUCAGCCGUGGUGACACCAUCCACGAAGGGCCCAAGACUCGAAGGACAAAGAAAUCUACAAGAUUCUACUUUCUCUAUCAGCGAGGAUGUUGAAGAAGCACGAAGGGCAUGCAUUCGCGUAAAUAAUCCCCCGGGCGGGCGCAGUGCGGGAGGCUUUUGGUAAUUUUUACAAAAAGAAAGAGCAUCAAGCUUUAUAUAUAUAAGAGUCAUUUAAUGCGAGAGUUGAAUGGGAUUUCACUUCUUUUCCUCCUUCCUUUAUCAUAUUCCUUUUACGUCACAAGACAUCUUUUUUUCGUUUCGUACACAUCUUUUUUUUAUUUCGAAGAAUAUCAACCUUGCUUUCAGAUUUGUUAUUCAUUAAAUAUUACACCAAGUUUUCACAUUAUAUUCCUAUCGAUUAAGGUCUGUUCCAUCGAAGGAGGAUACGAAAGCAACUGGCCAAUAGGUUGUACAUUCAUAUAUUCAUAUUAAUUGUUCAACUUUCGCUUCAUUAUCACUUCAAUGCAUUGCUGCAUUGUAUCAAUGGUGCUUGAAUAAUUAAUUUUGGUCUAUUUGCCGAUUUAUACAUUUAACAAUUAUUUUCUUUGAUUUUUUGACAAUUUUUUAAUGUUAUGUUAAUAGAUUUUUUCGUUAUCUUUAUUUCGUGAUUUAUUUAUUGUUGCACACAAAAGCAUACGUAUGUUACGAUUUGUGUUACGUCAGUAGAUGUAGAUUACAACAAGAUAUUUAACGCCGUAUUUAACGCCUGAGCGAAAUACUAUAUUGAUCGAGGUGUCUUUGAAACAAAGAUUUUAAUAAUUUAUUUAAAAAAUUAAUUACUUUACGAUUACACACAUAUGCAUAUAUUGUAUAUAUAUUGUAUUAUUAAAAUUUUCACGCAAUCGACAAUUAUCAUAAUCAUAAUGAAUUAAAUGUGAAUAUCACAAAAUCAAACUUAAAAAAAUCAUUUAUUUUUGUCAUAUCUGUUGUGAACUUUGAUGAGAUAAAAUAAUUUAUUUCUUUUUUUAUAUUACAUUACAAUUUUUAAUUCCAAAGGCAAACUUAUAAUGAUAAUCGGGAUAAAAUAUCUUAUCCUGUGAAUAAAAUGAAAUGUAAUAUUAAUUACGAUUAUUCAUAAGAUAAUUGCUUGUUUUAUUACUCAAGAUAAGAAUUUAUUGAGAAACAGUUGCAUUUCAAAGAAAUAUAGAAAGAUGUACCAUUUUAAGUUAUGAUACACCUGUAUUGAAUUAUAUGAUAAAAAGUUUAUUAUGUUUAUUUACCAGACGUGAAGUGUUACGCAAUAUAUAUGUAUACAUAUACAUACAUACAUACAUAUGUAUAUAUUGUUUUCAAUAUUAAAGACUUCAUCAAUACAAUUAUCAUUAAAAGUUAGACGAAAUAGUUUGAAUAUUGUUAAGAAACAUGUAUUUAUUUCUAUUCCAUUAUUUCUAUUAUUUACACUUAUUUUAUUUAUUUUCGCAACAAAUUAUAAACAGUGCUUUGCAUCACGAGGUAAAAAAAUAUUUCAGUAAAUUUUCAGUAAAUACAUUUAAUUAAAUCGUUGAAUGUAUAUGUAUAUAAAAAAUGGCAUUUUGUUAAAGUUAAUUUAAAAAUUACUGUUAUAUAUGUGUAUUUAUAUAACUAAUAUCGCAUAAAUUUAUUUGUAUUUGUCGGAGGUUUACUAAAAAUGUUGAGAUUGAACAAUGUUGUAGUCUAAAUAGAUUGCGCAAUCAAUUAAUAUUCAUCAUUCAUUAUCCAUUACAAUUAACAUAAAUGUGCUAUAAAUUGUCAACACAUAAACCAAAGGAACCUAUUAUUCGUGUCAUAUUAAUGAUCGUGUUUUGAAAUUUCUACUUGCUGUAAGAUUCUAGAGGUAAUACAGCUCUCAAAGAAAAAUAAUUUUAGGUCAAAUAAUGAUUUAUAUUUUGAUAAACAAUGAAAAUAUCAAAAUAAUCAGUGGAUUAAGAAUUUCUGUUUAGCAUGUAAAUAUAUGUAAUGUCCUAUCGGCAGAAGCUUACGGCAACGUUUCGAUCCUCCGCUUUCAUAACGUCCGCACGAGCGCACGAUAUAAAAAACGCACAAAUUUCUGUUAGCUCAUAUGUCAUCACUAUAAGAUUAUUACUAUAAGAACAAAAUAAGAAAUUAUGUAAGUGCACAGUCGCUAAUUGUAAGAAUUUUUUUUUAAUUUAGAAGACACAUUCACAUAAUCAUACGUUCUCAUAAAACACACAUGUCACUAAUCAUUUCACGUGAUCCAAAUUGUCCAACAUUCCGAUCAGUAGAAAUCUACAUAACGUGAAAUUAGGUAUCAAUUUUAUACCUAAAUAUUAAACAUUUUCUAUGUCAGUUUAACUCUUUCUUGUCUUAUCCAUCAUAUCGUUCCACUUCUUAAAUACUUAUAUAUAUAAAAAUAUCAAUAUUAUUACUGAAUUUUCUUUAAUACAUAAUAAUGGUAAGGGAUGAUAAUGAAUUGUAAUCACGUAAUUGUCAUCGUCACGUAAUAAGUAUUAAUUGUGUAGUCAUUCAUGUGUAAAAGAACCAUGUUUAUUCUUACGACUACAGCUUGUGCGAGUCAAAGUAUGAAAGACCAAAGUAACGUUAAAAAUCAAAAAUUUUCUAAUAGAUUUUCUAUCGAAAUUCUGCAUCUCUAGGCAUCUUUAUACUAAAUAAUCAGAUGUUACCUACGUUUAUUUGAAUUAGUAACAAGUAUAUUCGUAUAACUUAUGUAACUUUUCUAGAAAUUGCAUAUCAACAAAAUAUUUUUUAUGCAAUUUUCCUUUUUUAUUUCAUUUAUUGAAAUUACAUUGUCAAUUUUAUGAAAUUGUUUAAAAUUUUUUUAGAAAGCCUGAAAAUACUUUAGAAAGAAUUACAUGUUUAAAAAAAUUUAUUCAAUAAAACUUUUAUUCAAAACAUUAUAAGCACAGUGAAGAUAGCAAUUUAUAGACAAUUAUUGAUUUAUAAAGUAUCUUAUAUAGCACAAAAAUAAUUUAACGCGUUGUUAUCAAUUAAACUUUAUAGUUAUACUUUCCGUAUAAUGCUGUUAAUAUUUUAUAUUAGUGUCAAAGAUUCUUUAUGUUAUCACUGUUAGAUACUACAGUGACAUUUAUUUAUUUAAAUAAUACGUAUAAAAGAGUGCUUUUAAAGACAAAUAAUAUAUUGUAAUUGUCAAUGUGUUCACGUUAUGUGACCUCGUGUCGAAUAUUCGGAAAGGACGUAUAAUGCAUCGACAUAAAUGACACAUCUAAAGUAUCCUAUUUAUAUCUGUUAUGAUGUAUGUGAUCGCUUUAAAUAAAUAUAAUAUAAGUAAC